AUGGCCGAGAAACAGCCGCAGGCCCCGGGCGUGCUCAAGACGCCCCUGUUGGCGCCAGCCCCGGGAGUUGUCCCUCCCGCGCGCCAGCCCCUGACGGCCGAGCAGCAGACCAAAUACGACGCCCUGCUGGCCGAGGCCCGCGCCUGGACGGAUAUCACUCCGGCCCCGCCCUCCACCGAACGCCCGGCCGGUCCACUGACCGACGCCGAGCGGCAGUGGCUCACGCGCGAGUGUCUCCUUCGCUACCUGCGCGCGACCAAGUGGAACCAGCUCGAGGCCGCCCGCCGUCUGCGCGACACGCUCGCCUGGCGCCGCGGCUACGGCGUCGGCCCCAACGAAGUCCUGACGCCGGACCACAUCUCGCCCGAGUCCGAAACGGGCAAGCAAAUCCUGCUGGGCUUCGACAAGGAUGCGAGGCCGUGCCAGUACCUCAACCCGGGCCGGCAGAACACCGAGCCCUCACCGCGCCAGGUCCAGCAUCUCGUCUUCAUGGUCGAGCGCGUCAUCGAGCUCAUGCCCGCCGGCCAGGAGACGCUCGCCCUGCUCAUCAACUUCAAGACGAGCAAGAGCCGUUCCAACACGGCGCCUGGCAUUGGUCAGGGCCGCGAGGUGCUCAAUAUUCUGCAGACCCACUACCCCGAGCGUCUCGGCAAGGCUCUCAUUAUCAAUGUGCCCUGGGUGGUCUGGGGCUUCUUCAAGCUCAUCACGCCCUUCAUCGACCCCUUGACGCGCGAGAAGCUCAAGUUCAACGAGGACAUGAAGCAGUAUGUCCCGCGCGAGCAGCUGUGGACCGAAUUCAGCGAGGGCGACCUCCAGUUCGACUACGACCACGCUGAGUACUGGCCCGCCCUAAUGAAGCUGUGCCAGGAGAAGCGCGACGCCAAGCGGGAGCGCUGGAUCGCUGGCGGCAAGCUCAUCGGCGAGCACGAGGACUACCUUGCGGGUGGCGAGGACAAGGGGCUUGCUGCUUCCUCCGCCGUUCCUGCCGCCCCUGCUGCUGCAGGAGAGGCUGUCACGAAGCCUGAUGCGCCGCCGGCCGUCGCGCCGGAGGCUGUCGCUCCUGCGAGUUAG